AGUAAAAAGAACAACACAAAGAAAAGGAAGUCGCAAAACGAGCAGUUUGCAAAAACAAGUUAAAUUACUAAUAUUCGCAAUAUUUAUUCAAUAUUAAUCAAUAAUAUUACUACUGAAGUAUUAACAAAUUAGUUGAUAAAAGAAAAUGGUUUGUGAUAUUUCCAUGCAUCGGAAUGUAAACAGAAAACAAAGUGUAGGCAAAAUAAAUCAACUCCAAGUUACAUAGAAUCGGACAGUGGAUCAAAACGAAAUUUGGGAAAACUAUUCGAAGAGAAAACAACACAAAGAGGAGUCUUUUCAAAAAAUCAGUCUUUGGAGUGUGUUAAAUGAAUCAGAAUUUUCUCAUCGUUGUGGUGUUUUAACGUGGUACUUUGCUUUUCCAUGGCAUUGUAGUUUUAAUUAAGCCACCACAACUUCGAACCACUGUGUGUAUUUGACUUUUUUAAAGUAAUAAAGCAACAACUAAAAAAGUGUUGGGAAAGAACAAUACCCCAAUUCUAAAGUUAGUUUUGCACAUAAAAUAAAGAAAAUCAAAAUAGUGCGUGAAAUAAAAUACACAAAUAGCUCCAAAUACAAAAGAAAUUCUGAGCGAUUCACAAAACAAUAACAACAACAACGACAAUUGCAAAUUAAUUGGAACUAAUUGUUGGAGAGCAGACAAUUUCCAGCCAUCUAUUUGCUUGUUUGUGCAAGUUACUUGGCUACUGUGAUUUCUGAAUUCCAUAACAUCAUCAUCAACCCGAGGGACGUACAUGCGGCAACAUAAUGUGGAUAGAACCUAAAGAACUUCUAUUACCUUCGGCAUUUUGGAUUGCCGAAAAACAUUCCAAAUAUUUUGUGCUGCAAAAACGCCGAGGCCAUGGCGAAUCACGUGGUUUGGGAUCAAUAUUGGUUGGAACAUUUGACAGUGUGUUUGACACCAAACCGGCACCGUAUCGAAUUCUUCACCAAACACCAAAUUCUGAAGUUUCAUAUGAAAUCGCCAUUGGUGUCAACCAAGAAGAAAUCUACAAAGACUGGGAUUGGUUAUCCAAAAAUCUUUUCAAAGUCCUAAAUGAAAUGGAAUGCGAAGAGGAGAUAACAAAUUUUACCAUAUGUAAAAUUAAAUCCCUGUACACGCAAAACAAUCAGGAUGAAACAGGAGAUUCGGCUGAUUUCAAAGUAAAUCAAUCGAAAUUUCGACAGUAUUUCAAUAUGCCCGAAGAGGAACAAUUGGUUAACUAUUAUUCGUGCACUUACAUUAAAAAUAAAAUACCACGCCAAGGCCACCUGUACAUCUCCCUAAAUCAUGUGAGUUUCUAUUCAUAUAUGUUGGGUCAAGAAACCAAACGAAGUAUACGUUUUACGGAACUUGAAGAAUUGUCGCACUAUGGCAAUACAAUUUAUUUGAAAACCAACAAUAAAAUGCAAUAUAAUUUUACCAUACUAUUUGAUCAUGUGGAAGCCUAUGAGCUUAUAGAGCAAUUAAAUAAAAUGGCCAUACAACGCAUUAUACAGGAUCCUGAUAGUCCAAUUAUCGACCAAGAAUCCUCAUUGCUGCAACGAUUUGGUCGCAGAUCUUCGAAGAAGCCAGCAUUGUGUAGUGAUUUGACUGCCAGACAAAAAUCAGAAGAGUAUCGUAUGUAUUUCCGUUUGCCACAGAGGGAGAUAAUAGAUGGUACCAUAAAAGCAAACUUAUUUACACCCUACUCGAAGCGUUAUGUGCCCGGUAAUAUUUAUCUUUCGACGAAUUUUAUUUGCUUCACAAGUGAUACCAAGGGAUUUGUCAGUGUCGUUAUACCCUUAAAGGUUAUUAAGAGUGUUGAAAAGAAAGAUGAUGGCGGCCAUCGCUAUGAAAAUCAAAUUGUUAUAACCUCCUCGGAAAAUGUGCCCUUUGUCUUUGCUCAAAUCGUAGAUCGUGAUGUUUUAAUAACAAAAAUCACCAAUUUGCUUUCAAAAUUCCAUGUUCCCGCCAGAAAUGAACGUCCCAAAUACGAUAUCUCCUGGAGCAAACAAUCGGCUCUGAUCAACACCUUCAAAACACAAUUUUCCCCAGCCAUGCAGGAGAAACAAAAUCAAAAAAUUGCCCGCUGGGAAUCACAUUUCCGUGACUAUGGUCGUGGCAUUUCAAUGUUUCGCACUACCGAUGUUAUAAAUCUCAUUGCCGAGGGUGUUCCCGAUCAUUUGCGUCAAGAAGUUUGGCUAAUAUUUUCCGGAGCCAUACACGAGAAAGAUAUGCAUCCGGGUUUGUAUGAGGACUUGGUCGAAAAGGCUGCAUGCAUCAAACAAUCAUCGACUCAUGACGAAAUCGAAAGAGAUCUACGUCGUUCACUGCCCGAACAUCUUGCCUUUCAGAGUGAAGAUGGCCUGGGGGCAUUGAAACGCGUCCUGCAAGCCUAUGCCUUGCGAAAUCCCCAAGUGGGCUAUACCCAAGGUUUGAAUAUAAUCACAUCUGUAUUUUUGCUGUUUUGCGAUGAAGAAAAUGCCUUUUGGUUGUUGGCCAGUUUAUGUGAAAAUCUACUACCUGACUAUUAUAAGGAUAAAGUUGUAGGAGCUCAGAUUGACCAAGGAGUUCUCAAUGAGCUAAUUAAAAUGUACCUACCCGAAUUGCACGAACAUUUGGAUUCACUGGGUACCAUCAAGAUGAUAACAAUAUCCUGGUUCCUAACGAUAUUUAUCAGUGUGAUUUCCUAUGAGAGUGCUCUACACAUUAUAGACUGCUUCUUUGUUGACGGUGCAAAGAUUAUUUUCAUAAUUGCCCUGCAAAUUCUCGAAUGGAACAAGGAACAACUGUUGAAAUGUCAGGAUGAUGGUGAAUCAAUGAUGUUGCUGUCAACAUUUUUACAGGGUAUUUAUAAUCCAGAUUAUCCUUCUCCGCUGGAAAAUGAAAAAAGGAAAUUCAGACGCACACAAACCGUUCAAACGCUCAUCCAUGAAGCCUACACGAAAUUUAGCCACAUUACGCUGCAGAAGAUCGAAGAGUUGCGCAACAAACAUCGUCGCCUGACCAUGCGUAAAUUCGAUUUGGACAAUGAGGAGACAAUUGUGAAAUUCCAUGCAGAAAAUCCAUACUUCGACAAGGAUGAACUGCGACUGCUGCUGUCCAUAAUACGCGAAGAGAAGAAUGCUUUUCGCAAAGCUCAUUUGCAAAAGAUACAGGCUCAGGUCGGUGAAUCUCCCAUUUUAGUGCCAUCCCCAUCAACAAGCCGUCCAAAAUGGGGCUUUAAUGAGGGCAACUGUAGCCGGGCCGAGGCCUAUGGUGUAGACUUUGAUACAUUCCGUGUGUUGUUCUAUGAACUGAUGCCUUGGAAAUCAUGUGUUACCAUCGAUUUGGCUGAAAAAAUAUUUAGGCUAACGGAUAAGAAAAGUACCGGAACUUUGGAAUUUGCCCAGCUCAUAAACGCGUUUGGUUUGCUGUGCUCCAAGAAAUACACCGAGAAACUUAAACUUUUAUAUAUUUUGCAUUUACCGCCUCUGUUGUCCAAGGCGGAAAUUGAACAGGUACGUAGACCCAAGACAAAGACCAAAGAUGAUGCCGAGGAGGCCAUUGAGGCGGAAGACUUCUUUGAGGAAGAAGCUUCUGAGUCGAUUGAGGCCUUGCCCUCGCCCACGGACAACAACUUUGACGAAGACGAUUAUGCUCUGAUAACGGCCACAAGAAGGCUGCACGAUUUGGCCGGUAUAUCGGGUAGUACGUUUAUGGAUAUACUGAGACCACCGAACAAUCAAGCGGGUAAUUCAAACGCCUCAUCGAUGGCAGUAAAUGCAAGAACAUCAACAUUUUAUGUAGAUCUUUCAGAAGAUGAAAUAAGCAUGCCUGGCACCAGCGGAGGAGCAAUGGGUGGUGGUGGUGGUGGCGAGGGCAGUGCCCUUGUUGGCGGUGGCUCAAAUUCCCAUAACGGCUCAGCAGCAGCCGCCCUAUCUCCACUGCGGCAGCAAGGUCGUUUCGAGUCCAUUGAUACCUUUUCGGACAUUUCCGAUUUGGGUGUGACCAAGGUAACACCUCCCCAACUCAAUGUUGAAACAAUUUCGAAUUUCUCACAAAUCAGUGAUCUGGUAAUGGCCACAAAUGUCAAAAUGGAACGAAACGAUUCGAAUACGGACACCAAAAGUUUGGGUAGUCUGAGAGCUCUGUUCGAUCAGCCCGAUGGUAGUGGUUCGCCCAAUAAGCAAAUACCUAAUAUGAAAAAGGCCAAUUUUCAAAUAUUAUGGAGAAGUAUUCAUGAGAUAUUGGGAGCAUCUGAUGCUGAUAUGAAUAAUGCCUAUAAAAAUCUCAUUGAAAUGGGAAAUUGUAAUUUGAAAAAAGAAUCCAGUCUGGAGAGUUUUACACAACUGAAUUUAGGUGGAAAUGAAGAGCCCGACUCAAAUGGCAACCCAACCACACCAUGUGAACCGCCCGGUACUACGAAACUUUUCAUGGAUUUGGAAGAAGAGUUGAGACAAGCACGCGGAGAAUCAAAUUCAUCCUCAAAUCAAAAGUCCAGCAAAAAUACAAGCAGCAGUAAUAGUUCCAUUGACUAUGAUUAUUGGGAGAUAUCCAUUAAUCAAUUCAUUGCCACAGUUUUAAAUGUUAAGUCCAUAGUAAAGGGUUUCUACACACGAACGCCCAUCAAGGAGAAUAUAGAGAAAAUGCAAAAGAACCGACGCAAGUGUAUACCAACGAGCUACUAAAUGUAUCUACUAUGCGAAAAAAAUAUAGUUGGAUGAACAAAAAACUGCUGGCAAACUCAUUAUGUUUGGAAAACAAAAAAACAUUUAGUUUUAUAAGGAUUUCAAAAAUUUCGUUUUUGCAAAUAUCUUGUGUUUUAUAUAGACGUAUUUGAUAAACAACAAUUAUUUAGCUUUAAAUUUUCUCAAAUGUUAUUGCUAAACGAAUAGUUCAUGUGAUCAAUAUUAUUUUCUCAUACACAAAUGUAUUUAUAUAUAAUUUUUUUUUUUUUAUUAUAACAUUUUUCUAUUUUACUUUCCACACUAUUUUGGCAUGAAGUGUCACACAAUAUGAGUAGAUGUUAGGUGAUCCUUACUGGGCAUUGCUGUGUAAAUUUUGAAAUAGAUUGACUUUCAAAACUUAACACAAUUUUUGCUAGCCAUUCGAAAAGUUUGGAUUAUCCAAAUAUUAUGGCCUCAUUUAGUAUUGAAGAUAAAGAAAUUGAACUGAAUUAAUGAUUUUUUGUUGGAUUUUUUUUUUUUUUUUUUUUUUUUCAAAAAGUGUGAAAAGUUUAAAAUAAUUGAUAUUUAUUUGAAGAGAACUCAAAAAAAGGAAACAAAAUAUAUUUCAUAAAUUAUAUAGAUACAUAUACACAAUAUUCAAUAUUAUUAUCUAAAUAUUAUUAUAUAAUAAACUAACUAAUUACAAAAUAA